AUGCAAUUCAAGAACAUUUUAGCUAUCGCUGCCACUGUCGCUGCUGUCCAAGCUGCUAACGUUUCUAACACCACCGUUUCUAACGCUACCAACGCUUCUAAUGCUUCCAACUCCACUUCUAGUCAAAUCUCUACUGGUGCUGCUAACGCUAACACCUUAAACGCUGGUAUCUUCGGUGCUGCCGUCGCUGCUGGUGUCGCUUUCUUAUUCUAA